AUGUCCAAAAUCAUCGUCGUGUUUGGGGCCACCGGCCAGCAAGGCUCUGCCCUUAUCGAUGCCCUCGCAGAGUACAACACUCCCACUCCUCAAUAUACCAUACUCGCGCUCUCCCGAUCACCUCUUGCGCCUUCUUCUGUAGCUCUUGGCAGCCUGCCCGGCGUCAAAGUCGUACCCGUCGCCAGAAACUACAUGGACGAGCCGGACAAGGUGUUCCUCGAUAACGGUCUGGGUAAAGGUGGUGUCUGGGGAGUGUUCAAUGUCCAAGGCUAUGUUAGUGAGGAUGUAGAAUUGAAACAAGCAAAAGCGAUCGCGGACGCGUCCAAGGCCAUUGAGGUCAGGCAUUUUGUAUACACUGGCGUAAGCUUUGGUAGCCUAAUCGACGACCCACCUCUCGCAUUCGCAGUCAAACGCAAGGUCGAGCAGUAUAUCGAAUCCAUCAACCUUCCCCACACAUUCCUCCGCCCUACCCAAUUCAUGGACAAUCUUCUCCCGACCUCUCCCUUCCUGCUCAAAGUCUCCCGCACCAUCCUUCUUCGAAGGACAUUCUACAACCAUCCCGAGCGCAAGCAUCAGAUGGUAUCUUGCAGGGAUAUCGGGCAGAUGGGAGCGCUGGCUUUUGCCAACCCGCACCAUUACCUGGGCAAGGCAGUCGAUCUGGCGGGGGACGAGUUCACGAUGGAGGAGCUGGAGAAGAGGUAUGAAGGAAUCAUGGGGGCUCCGAUCCAGUUGACGUUUGGGGUCCUGGCCAGUUUUGUCAGGUGGAUGGUCGCGCCCUUGGGAUCUAUGGCAAAGUUCUUUGAUGACUACGGGCACACCGUCAACAUCCCCGAGCUCAGGAAGGACAUGCCCGACUUGGAAGACCUCGACGCAUUCUUGAAGCGCUACAAGGGAGCCAUUGAAAGCAAGGAGUGA